ACCCUCUCUCCCACCAUGAUGUUGGGUUGCCAGUUGCCCAGAGCCUCUUGGGGCUCUGGUUUGGGAAGAGCAUACCAAUUACCAGAUAAACAUAUCCCCUUCCUGAUCCACUGGAAUUGGCCUCUUAAAGGAGCAUGUCCCUUUGGGCCCCCUAGGACCUUUGCACGUCACCAUGGAAGCUCAGUGGACAGUACUCCCUCACCAGGGAGGCAUGGGCAGCUGUUCCGGAGUGUCUCUGCAGCUGAAGCAAUUCAGAAGCACCGGCGUAACCUGGCUGAAUGGUUCAUCCGGCUCCCCAGAGAGGAGCGCCAGUUUGGCCCAACUUUUGCACUAGACACGGUCCACGUGGACCCUGUGAUUCGAGAGAGCAACACUGACGAACUGCUUCGCCCUUCUGCAGAGCUGGCCCGGCAAUAUCAGCUGCCCCAGCCUGCGCUCCCACCUCUGGCCUUGUCUCAGCUCUUUGGCCCAGAUGCCUGUGGGCGCCGGGUACAGACGGUGGUUCUGUACGGGACUGUGGGCACAGGCAAGAGCACACUGGUGCGCAAGAUGGUCCUAGACUGGUGUCACGGGCGCCUGCCAGCCUUUGAGCUGCUCAUCCCCUUUUCCUGCGAGGACCUGUCAUCCCUGGGCACCACCCCAGCCUCUUUGUACCAGCUAGUGGGCCAGCGCUACUCACCCCUGAAAGAGGUUCUGCCUCUGAUGGCUGCAGCCGGGACCCGCCUGCUCUUUGUGCUCCAUGGCUUGGAGCGUCUCAACCUUGACUUCCGGCUGGCUGGCACCGGGCUUUGCAGUGACCCUGAGGAGCCAAAAGCACCAGCUGCCAUCAUGGUCAACCUGCUGCGCAAAUACAUGCUGCCUGAGGCCAGCAUUCUGGUGACCACCCGGCCCUCUGCCAUCGGCCGAAUCCCCAGCAAGUACGUGGGCCGCUACGGUGAGAUCUGUGGCUUCUCUGAUACCAACCUGCAGAAGCUCUACUUCCAGCUCCGCCUCAACCAGCCUGAUUGUGGGCUCAGUGCCGGGGGCAUUGGCGUCUCGGCCACCUCUGCCCAACACGACAACAUGGUACAGAUGCUCUCCCGGAACCUGGAGGGGCACCAUCAGAUUGCUGCAGCCUGCUUCCUGCCCUCCUAUUGCUGGCUCGUCUGUGCCACCUUGCACUUCUUACAUGCCCCCACGCCAGCCAGCCAGACACUCACAAGCAUCUACACCAGCUUCCUGCGCCUCAACUUCAGUGGGGAAACGCUGGACAGCACUGACCCUUCCAAAGUGUCUCUCAUGGCCUAUGCAGCCCGCACCCUGGGCAAGUUGGCCCAUAAAGGGGUGACCUCUCGGAAGACUUACUUCUCUGAAGAGGAUGUCCGUGGGUGCCUGGAGGCUGGCAUCAAGUCGGAAGAGGAGUUUCAGCUGCUUCAUGUCUUCCGUCGAGAUGCCCUGAGGUUUUUUCUGGCCCCUUGUGUGGAGCCAGGGCACCCAGGCACCUUCGUGUUUACUGUGCCCGCCAUGCAGGAAUACCUGGCUGCCCUCUACAUUGUGCUGGGCUUGCAUAAGACGACCCUGCAGAGGGUGGGCAAGGAUGUGGCCGAGCUCGUGGGCCGGGUCGGGGAGGACGUCAGCCUGGUGCUGGGCAUCUUGGCCAAGCUGCUGCCCCUACGGAUUCUGCCUCUGCUCUUCAACUUGCUCAAGGUAAUAGCCCCGGCGCCCUGCCCUUGUUCCUCCCCUUGUCAGAUCCGAGGACAUCAGCCCCCCUAG